AUGGACGCCGCAAAGGACCAAAACCCACCGCGCAGCUCGGCCGCUCCCUCGCGGCAGUCGCAGCCCAGCGUAUAUCAUUCUGAGACUGCCCCAUCCGCCCGCAGUGCUUCCUCCACACGUCGCGCCAGCAGUAAGCCCCUUCCGUCUCAUGUCUCUCGCAAAACAAAGCAUUCAUCAGGACUGACUCCCGACAUUUUCGGCGCAGACCAGACAGACCGUCCGCAACAUCCAUCGCUCACUCGUGUCAAGGGCAGAAUCAACAUGAAUACCCCACCACAGAUGAGUCCUGAAAGGUCCUGGUUGAAGGACCAGUCGCCAGUGCGCCCUGGGACGGGCACACCCCCUCGAUCAACAAGUAAGUACUGGUUCUACCCAAUGUUGUCAAUGAUCCUGAGCGGGGUGGUGGGGAGAGCCGAACUGACUUUCGAACUCCCGAUAGAAACCCCGGAAAGUGGUACGCCCACUUUGGUGAACCCGGCAUCUAGUCUACUCCAAGAUCUCUUGAAGGAACAACGCGCCCAUCGCACCUCUCGCGGGCCCGCAUCCGAAAAUUGGGAUGGCAGCCGUCCCAGGACGCCCGAGAACCGCAGAGUCCAGGAGGACACGGCAUCGGAGAAAUCGCAAAAACCGAAGGAUGUGCUCGGGACUACAUCUCGGGAACAGCCGAAGGAGAUGGGCGUCCGAGAGAUGGAUCAGUACGUUUCGAAAAUCACCAAGCUCAACUUCGACCUGAAGCUGGAAAUCUUCCACCGCACCCAGCAGAUGGGAACCAUGGAGAAAAAACUGGCUCGGAUGCAGGAGAUGGAGGAGGAGCUGCAACAGAUGCAGAAACUCGAAGAAGAAGUGGUGGAGCUGCGUGCAGUGAACAAGCACAAUCGCAGUCUGCAGGAGUUGAAUGAUCAGCUUCGCGAGGAAUUGCAGAAACGAGACCAAGCUGUCACCGAAGCGGUGCAGCUCAUUUGCCAGCUGGAAGCCAAGGUUGAUGCUUUGGAGAUGGGCAGGCCUAUUUCACAGAUAUCUCUCAGCCGACUGGUUCUGGACGGGCCUAAUACAACCUCCCCAAAAUCCAAAGCGGCCCUAGAGAUUCCCGAGCGCACAUCAUCCAGGCGCGCUUCGUUGAAAUCGCCUGAUUCACGCACCCUCAAUAAAGCUCCAUCGUUCUUGCGCGCAGACAACAAAAGCACCGCUACCUUGCGCAGUCUUUAUGCUCCAGAGGUGAACGAGUCUCACUCUGCUUUGAGUGAACUGACCACGUCGGAGAGCUAUCACACCAUGAACGAAAUACUGGAUUCAGAAUCGCCGAGAUUGAGCGUCCUGAGUGAGUGCAGCGAGUUGCAACCGUACGACACCCCUAUCAAAUGGGGUCAAUUCGACCAGCUGGAUCUUCCUGUUCGCAAGGCUCCACCAUCCACGAGCACAUUCGACAGCUAUAUCCCUCCGGCCGAGAAAGAGAAACAGAACAAUGGCGAAUCGAUUGACCCGUGGACGGAGUCGGGGCCGGAUAUGUCGCAAACCAUUAUCAGACGACGCAUGGAUCGACCCUCGUCAGAUGCCUCCAAGCUUCCCCCUGCUCCGUUCAACCUUUAUUCAGCCAAGCCCGCAGGGCGCUCACGGCUGGACGAAUCCGUCUUUGGUGGUGCGAGACUACCACCCACGCCGGAUACUAUGAGCACAGCUCAUGUAGCCGGCCGCAACGGCUCGAACGGCAGCAUGGCCGCCUCGGCGCGACGGAGCCCCAAAGCUCAGCAAGACCAGUGGGCCGUCGGUCGUCCCCUCGAACGUCAUCGCUCGGCUGAUGAACUUUCGACUCGGACUCGCCGCAGCUUCAAUGGUAGCGACGUUACGGGCAGUAUGCAGACCAACUGCAGCGACACUCCUCGUCUUGGAGUGCUGAGCCAUGAUGAAUCGCCGACAAUCUAUCCGUUCAACACAGUUGCUUCGAAGGCCAGUGAACUUCUUGGCCCCGGUAGCCCCAACAAUCCAGCCAUGGAAACGUCCGGUGGCCAUUUUCGUCGAAACAGCAGAGAUAGCAAAGAAGCAGCAGCAGCAGCAGCAGCAGCCCCAUCUGUGCCGCCCUACCAAACCCCUACCAAGACUGUCAGACAGGCGAAGUCAAUGGAAAGCGAAUCAUCACCACCGUUGACGCCCCAGGAAUGGAUUGCUGCAGCAAAGCAAGGUCCUCGGUCUCGCAAGGAGCGCGCUCAUGGUCUCCAUAUUGACCAGGACGAACGCGAAGAUGAGCUACCUCAUAAUGUUAUCAGCCAGGCGGCUUUUCAUGACGAUGGUAGUGUCGACUCAUAUCCCAUGGAAACUGAUGCCCCGGGCAUUCCAACUCUGGAUAUGGCUACUCUGAACAUACUUGAACAGCCGAUCGCUGAGGCACCCGAGGUACCUGGACCUGUACCGAAGCCUGAGGCAGAGCAACGACGGCGCUUCAGCUUCCGUCCUGCUUUCCUGAAUCCUGCGCAUACUCCUCGACGCCUCCAACAUCCAUCUACUGCACCUGACUUGACGGAUGAGGAGGACGAGGGUGCUCCGUCGCCCAUCAUCCCCAAAACGAGGAAUAUGGGAGGUGCAGCCCGGCGUCCUAUGUCGCAGAUCAUCACCAACUCGGCCGAACUCUACUCUAACGUCCCUGCCCCAAUUGCCCCAAGCGCAGGCUUCGUAAACGAAAACCAUGUUCACAAGUCUUUCCAUCAAUCUUUGAUGGAGACCCGUGAGGGACACGCAGCCCUUCCAAACGCAUCGGCCACAAUUGCUGGACGCCCAACGACAUCGCAUAGCGCGGACCACAAACGUCGCAGCUCCCUUGGCAUUCUUGGAUGGAUGAAGGGCAUGGGUGGCAAGCGCUUGGAGCAUGGACCUUCUGAUGUGGUCGACAAAUUCCCUGAGUUUGUCAAGGAUACGCGCCCUAUCUCGCGCCUCACGCACGAGAGCAGUCGGUUCACAUUGGGUCGGCCUGGGACCCCGGAAUCAAUGGAUGCACCCGUUGUCCGUCCCCGGUCAGAGUUGACCUCACACUCUGACGAUCAAUCUCGUCGGCCGCGCUACAUGGGCCGCCGUGCUCGCAGAGCUUAA